AUGUCUGUGGUUUCAAUCAACGGGGCUCCGAAUGAUCAAAGUCCUGGGAGCAGUACCGAGGCAAAUCUGGAUAUUCAGUACGUCAUAGGUAUGACGAAUGGUGUUCAUGUCAACGAGUUCAUCACGUCCGGAUUUGCAACCCUCGUUCCAGAGUACGACCACCCAAGUCUACACGGUAGUAACGAGUCAUGUCUAGAUCCCUUGAGAUACCUGCUAAGAUUGACAAAUGAAGAGCUCCAUUCGAUGAUCUCAGUAUCAUAUGGAGAAGACGAACAGACAGUGCCGAAAUCGUACGCCCGACAGACAUGCUUCAUGAUAGCCCAGCUUGGUGCUAGUGGUACCUCAGUCAUCGUCGCAUCAGCGGACAAAGGCGUAGGAACAGCGUGUAUGAAAAACGACGAUUCUAACAUCACGCAUUUCCCACCGCAAUUCCCAGUUGCUUGCCCAUGGGUUGCGUCAGUUGGUGGAGUGCGUUACAUCGACCCUGAACAAGCAGUAUAUUUUUCCUCUGGCUGUUUUUUCGAUCUUUGGCCUAGGCCGUCGUAUCAACAGGAGGCAGUAGAAGAUUUUCUCCAGACGCAACUCGGCGACCGACAAAAGGGACUUUUUGACCCUCAUGGGCGUGCAUCUCCAGAUAUGUCCGCCCAAUCAGUCAGAUAUAUCAUCGGUGAUGCCGGCCACAUAAUUUGGGAAGAUGGCACUAGCUGUGCGGCCCCAACCUUUGCUGGAAUCAUCGGUCUUUUGAAUGCCGCUCGCACUUCCUCGAAAUUUCCACCUUUUGAGGUUUUGAACCCUUGGCUUUAUAGUGUUGGAAAGAAAGGCUUGAGAGACAUUGUACAUGGAGGAAGUACAAGGUGCAAUGGUCAUUUUCGCUUCGAGGGGAGUUUAAAUGGUAGUCCAAUCGUACCGUAUGCCUCUUGGAAUGCUACACCCGCUUGGUACCAAUAA